CUUUACAACCGGAAUAAGAGUUAUCUCAUUUCCCCUGAUACAUUUUUCCUCAAGCAGCUACAUCGUACGGGGCAUUGAGAAGCAAUAAACAACGUUACUUUUUGCAGUUUCGAAUCCCCCCAAUAGAAAGACAGGGUCUGUGUUCAGCACAAACAUGUCGCACACAAUUUUGCUUGUGCAACCUACCAAGAGACCUGAGGGCCGCACAUAUGCUGACUAUGAGUCAGUGAAUGAAUGUAUGGAGGGUGUUUGCAAAAUGUAUGAAGAGCAUCUUAAGAGGAUGAAUCCAAACAGUCCCUCCAUCACUUAUGACAUUAGUCAGUUGUUUGACUUUAUUGACGACUUGGCAGAUCUGAGCUGUCUUGUGUACAGGGCCGACACUCAGACAUACCAACCAUACAACAAAGACUGGAUCAAGGAGAAGAUAUAUGUCCUGCUGCGGCGUCAGGCUCAGCAGGCAGCAAAGUAAAGGCAUCAGUGAGGACUUGUCCUGCUACACAUGCUCGAAAGGAGUUUACUGUACAUUGGAAAGGGAAGGGGUUUGAAAAAUGUGGUACAUUUUGGGCUUUAUAUACAUAAGAGUGGAAGGAUACCUAUGUUUUUAUUUGUUACACUAUGAGUGUGGCAAAUGGCUGCAAGGACUAACUUAUUGAUGAAGAGGAACCCCGACCUGGAGAAAUGUGCCACAGGCUAGAUAAAAAAAAAAUGUGUUGGUCAAAUUUUUAGUAGUGUGCUUUAAUUUUCCAUUUAAAAUUAUGUGAUAUAUAUUUUUUUUUUUACCUUUACUGGGCAGUUGGAUUUGAACAUGCUGUGGAUUUUGCAUGCAGGCAAUUAUUAUUAUUAUUUUUGAAUAAGAUAAAUGUCUGCAUACUGACUAACUCAUUCAUUUAACUGAUCCCAGAAGAUUUAUUUUCCAUAUUUCAUUUAUUAUUAAUAUUGUUACUAGCCUACCAUCAUGAUGUUAAAUGUUGUUUUUGUAAACAUUUCAUAUUGCGUAGAAUCUGAUUUCAGCUAUUCCUGUUACUGUUUUCUUCGAUUUAAUCAAAAUAAAUGUGUUUUCUGACUCUUG